GCCCGCAUCUCAUCAAUUUUAGGACCUACACUGGAGCUAAGCAAAUCUCCCAAGCCAUCGUAUGUUUGUCGACACGGUUCGCGUCAACACAGAUUCAUUAUCAUCGGCUGGACGCGGAUUUUUCAUCAACACCACCAUGGCCAAGGAGAUCUCUCAGCGCCCCAUCAAGACGGAUGCCUCCAAAGCCUGCUUGCACAGACGCUGCUCGAUCUCCACCAUCCCUUGGGUCCAAGAGAGGACACAAAAGCCAUAGGGCCAAAUCUCUAAAAGCUCGGGAAGAAAAUAACAAAAGCAGCAAUGGACGUCGAUUUUUGGGGAGUGGUAAUUGAGCCGUGCAAUAAGAAGGAGAUCUUUUGUCCUGAGGAUACCCUGUAUCAUCUAACAUCGGUAGCCCUUGAUGAGGCUUACGGGCUAAAAGACUCCAAUGUGAAAGUAUUUGUCGAAGUUAAUGAUGAGAAGUUUGCGAUUGGGACGCUUUCCUCCAAAAGGCAUCCGCAUAUCAAGGUUGACUUCUGUUUCAAGAAGAACUUUCAACUAUUCCACACCUCACUAAUCAGCAAAGUUGCCUUUUGUGGCUAUCAAGUAAAGAAUUUGGGAAAAUUCACUGAUUCUGAAGGUGAUGAAUCUGAUGAGGAGGUUCCACCAGGUAUUCGUCUAUACCCCAAGUUAGAUGAUAAUAUGAUCAAAGAAGCACAGAAAAGUAAACUUCCUGCAAAGUCUGCUACAGUUGCAUCCGCCAUGCAAAAGGCUUUUGUAAAGGAAAUAGAGCACUAUGAGAAAUCAAAAGCUGAUGAUGACAACAAUGAACGAUACCGUGAUAUUUCAGUAGUUGGUGAAUCUACUGGUAAUGAGGAUUCAAGUGAUGAUGCUGAUUAUGAAGGUAAGAGUUCUGAUGAAGAAGAGACUACUGCAAAGGAAGGUGAGAGUACUGAUGAAAAAGAGACUCCUGCAAAGGAAGGUGAGAGUUCUGAUGAAGAAGAGACUCCUGCAAAGAAUACUAAAGAGGAAAAUGAACCAGUGGUAACACCCUUGAAGACAUUUCCACAUGAGAUGGCAAAGAUAGAAGCACCAAUUACGGACAACAAAACUGGUACUAAUACUAGCAAGAGAGGUAGUCAUCUUCAAGUUACAAACCCUCACCCAGCAAAACAGGCAAAGAGGACGCCCAUAAAGAACGACACGCCUAAGCGUUCUGCUAGCUAUGUCUGCAACUCAUGCAAAAAGACUUUCAACUCCUCUGGUGCUCUGAAGGAUCAUUCAAAGGCGAAACACCCUGCAACCAAUUGAUACGAGAUAACACUAGUCUGUGUUAGAUUGUUAGUCAUAGGUAACUGAAUUUUUUUUUUUCGCCGGGAGAGAGAGAGAAUAUUUUUGAAGCAGCUAUUUCCUAGCCUCAUCUGAAACAAUAUUAGGAUUCGAGACGAUGGUCUCUUCAACAUAAUUUUGGAACACUUUAUGUGAAAAGAUUCUGGAACGUAGAUACCACAGUUUCUUUAUGAAUGAGUGCUGAACGGUUUCAUUGUUCUGGGGAUGGAACACAUUUUCUU